AUGAAUCUUCAUAUGGUGAAGGCAUUAGUGGACUUCUGGAAUCCUCUGUACUCAUGCUUUACAAUAGAUGGAAUUGACAUGGUUCCUACAAUUGAAGAAUACACCUCAUUGCUGCAUCUGAUGACACAGCGAUCACCAUACCAUACUUAUGUACAUGAUUAUUGGAUUUCCUUAGCACUGGAGUUGUAUAACCUUGUUGGGGUCAAGAUUCAAUGGACGGCAGGGGAAAGCAAAAGGGUCACUUGGAAAUGCUUAAAGGAGUGGUUGGAAGAAGAGAAAGGUGAAGAGGUUCAGAUACAUUUGUUCGCAUUGGCCAUAUAUGGCCUAAUUAUAUUUCCCAAAGAACUAGGGACCAUUGAUAGAGCCACUAUUUCUUUCGUGGCACAAGUGAAGAAUGGGGCUAAUCCGGUUCCCGAAAUUUUGGCAGAAACUUUCCGAUCUCUCAAAAAAUGCAGGAGCAAGGGCCAGGAACGACUGAAAUGUUGUGUACCAUUACUCUAUGUUUGGUUUGCCAAUCACUUGCCAAUUAACAAAGGGGGAUACCGUAACACCUUUUCAGCUCUCCGAAUCCCCUUAGCCGAGUUUGAGGAGGCUCAACAAAGUGUUCAAUGGAGCAAAGCCAACUGGAAUGAAAAAUUACACAAACUGGGGGAGUUGGGAUUAGUCUGGCGAGCACCAUGGAUGAACCAUUCCAACAUGAUGUAUCGAUGUGGAAACCUCCCGUGGGUCCCAUUACUAGGUCCAUGGGGAGGGAUAGCAUAUGCCCCCUUGAUGGUCAAGAGGCAAUUGGGAGCGUCUCAGUUUGUGCCUAUGACUCAUGGAUUGGCUGACUCAGACUUUGCAUAUGAAAUAGGAGACACUCAAAAUCAGAUUAGAAAGUUCAUGGUGGCUUGGAAACAUGUGCACCUAAUAGGCCCGGGUGAUAGAAUUGCCACAGUCCAAGGAAGCUAUGAAGCAUGGCAGGAAAAUCGGGUAAACCCCCAACUCAAAAGAAUCCCAGAAGUCGUUAUUGAUCGUACUAAAUCACCGAGAGGGGGCAUGCAAUCGAAGCUACAAAGGGAUCCAUGCCCAACAGAAAAGGGAGAUGUGAGAGCAAAAAUGGAAAAUUAG